AUGAACCUCAACUUCACCUCGCCCGUGCACCCCGUCUCCGCACCCAGGCCCACCUCCUUCUUCAUCGAGGAUAUUCUGCUGCACAAGCCCAAGCCCUUGCGGGAGGUGCCCCCCGAGCACUUCCCCGGCUCCUUGGCCUCCCGCGUCCCCCUCUUGGACUAUGGGUACCCCCUGAUGCCAACCCCGACCCUCCUGGCGCCUCACCCGCACCCUGCCCUGCACAAGCCGGAGCAUCACCACCACCCCUACUUUCUCACCACCUCGGGAGUGCCGGUGCCAGCCCUCUUCCAGCACCACGCUCACGCCGAGCUGCCCGGGAAACACUGCCGCCGCCGCAAAGCCCGCACCGUUUUCUCCGACUCCCAGCUCUCCGGCCUGGAGAAGAGGUUUGAGAUCCAGCGCUACCUUUCCACGCCCGAACGGGUGGAGCUGGCCACGGCCCUCAGCCUCUCCGAGACCCAGGUGAAAACCUGGUUCCAGAACCGGCGGAUGAAGCACAAAAAGCAGCUGCGCAAAACCCAGGACGACCCCAAGCACCCGGGCGGCGAGGAGAGCCGGGAGCAGAGCUCCCCCGAACCCGAGCUGCCCGAGGCGGCCGGCGCCGAGCCCCGCAAGGGCCCCCCCGGCCCUUUCCUGCUCCAGGACCCCGAGGACGAGGUGGACAUCCUGGAGGAGGGGGACCUCUGCGCCGGCCCCCACCGCCUCUAGGAGCGCCGGGGCCCGGCCCGGGCUCACCUGCCUCUCCGGUGCGGCUUUGUCCCAGCCCCGGCCCCGCAAGUCGCCCCUACCUCCCCAGCCUUGAGUAAUGCCGGAGCCCAGAGGGAAGGGGGGCACGUUUUUGG